AUGAGAGCUACAGAAGUUCUUUUCGGCCGGAGAUGGCGCAAGCUUAGGCUCACGACGAAGAAUGUCAACAAGGGAUACUACAAGGGAACAGGAACAGGCAGCAUGGGACGACACACGAAGUACGGUGGCUACGUGAUUGAGUGGCCGAAGGUGCGGACAUAUGUUGUGCCUGCGGGAUUGAGUACAUUCAAGGUAGGUUGCUUUCUAAGCUACAUUGGCAACGCGAAGUAUGAGGAGACAACGGAUGCUGAUACAUAUGCGCAGCUUACCCCGUUUGUGACGAACAACAUGAAGAGGACGUGGGGGUUCGGCCAGUACGUUGAUCCUAAAGGGCCGAGGAGUCCCGAGCUUUAUCUACAAAGAUGGAAAGAGGAGAACGGUCUGGACUAA